GAAGUAGAGAAAUUGUAGCAAUGCUGUGCAGUUAGCAAGCCGUUAGCAACCAGAAGGGACGAGUUUGCGUCAAAACUCUCAACUGGAAAUGCUUUAUAAUGCAUCAUAAAGUGCAGUAAAGUUUCAUUUAAUUAGAAGAACUGCUUGUUGUCGUUAAAACCAUGUCGGAAAGAAAACGAACAAGAGAUAGGGAGAGUGAGGACAGACGGGAGCACAAGAAACACAAGACAUCCAAAAAUGAGCUGGAGAAACUGAAGACGCAAACGAAGAAACUCAACCAGGAGGUACAAAAACUGAAACACAUCGAGACUUUUUAUGAAAAACCCCCACCAGGGUUCAUUAAGGAGCACGAGGAAAAACCAGAAGACUGUAUUCCUGCUGAUCCUGGAAAUGAAGACGCCAGGAAAUUCCUGGCACACGCCCCCACCAGGGGGCUCUGGAUGCCUCUGGGGAAGGAGGUGAAGGUGAUGCAGUGUUGGAGGUGCAAGCGCUAUGGUCACAGGACAGGAGACAAGGAGUGUCCUUUCUUCAUCAAAGGCAACCAGAAACUGGAGCAGUUCAGAGUUGCUCAUGAAGAUCCCAUGUAUGACUUAAUCCGAGAAAAUAAAAGAAAUGAAAAAGAAACCAGGAUUCAGCAACUGCAGCAGCUGCUCCAGGACACCACCUCUUCCUCCUCAGACUCAGACAGCUCUUCCUCGUCCUCUUCGGACCAUCAUCGCAAGAAGAGGAAAAAGAGGAAGGACAAGAUGAAGAAGGAGAAGAAAAGGAAGAAAAGGAAGCGAAAGCACAAAUCGUCUAAAACCGACAGCUCCGAUUCAGACUGAAGCUAAUGUAGGAAGGGAAAAUGUAGAUCUUGGAUGUAAAAUCCAGUUUGUCCGGCAGAGUGCUCUGGGGAGGCUCAUUUAAGCCUUUCUCAGAGGAUUCACACUGUAAAACUGUAAAUCCACUAUGCAUGACUUCUCUCAGCUGUUUGGCUCCCCUCUCCGUCAUGACUUGGCCAGAUCUGCAUGAUGAUCAGAAGACAAAGGAAAAGCAUUAUUUAUGAUUGUACUUUUGCUUCUUUUAUGUUAGUCUGUUCAUUUCAUCCAAAAGUGAUUGCAACGUGUUGAAUUCAGAGAGGUGGAAAAGCUUCUAAUAAAAAGCUUCGUAUUUUCCACCGCA